AUGUCCAAAAUUCAAAUCAUGUCGUCCUUCGCCGACUGCCCUCUGGACGUCAUCGAAUUGAUUAUCGAACUCCUCCAGGGUGAUCUGGAGGCCCUCAAGGCAUGCUCUCAGACCUGCGGAGCGCUUCUGCCCCUAUGUCGCAAAUACAUCUUUCAAUCUGUCCUCCUCAUUUCUUCACACUCCAUUGGUUACCGUGCCUAUCGAUCCCGGAGACUUAGCACCGUCACGGUGAUCAGACCAAAAAAUUGGCACCUUCUAGACACCAAUCCGACCAUUUCAGAGUACAUCCACACGUUAACGUACUUUAUCAGCACCGACGACUUUUCAAACGAUGACGUUCCUUGUGUGCUGGAACGGCUUCACCACGUACGCUCUUUUGAUGUGAUUAGCAGGUAUGAGAAGACAGAUUGGAAACAAACACCCCCACGUCUCAGAGAUGCGUUAUUGCCUGUCGUGCAAUCGCGCUUCAUCACACGUUUAGUAAUCUCCGUCAGCGGGUUCCCCAUCACUGCUUUCCUUGCUUGCGUAAACCUCACGGACCUGUCCGUCUAUUUCGUCGACUUUGAUUAUGCCGGUGUAGCUGAGCAGGAACCUUCCACCUUAAUUUCUUCAGAUUUGAACUUCGAAGUCGUCCCACGACUUCAGUUGUUUGCCUACGGGUUUAUGGGCGAACGAUAUGCGAUGAAGCUUCUCAAUGCUAAAUGUCCCAACGGCGGCCCAAUGCUAGACUUUACCAACGUUCGAACGUUGAGUAUCUAUCCAGGGGAACAGUCGAACUUGGCCACAGCGCAUGCAUUAGUAAAGAUAACGAACAACCUCGAAACUCUGCGGUACAAUGUGUACGACUUCAUCACCACCAGAUUUUCAUGUAUCGCCGCGUCGAUCAGUAAGCCUUCCUUAUCGACACUGAAACGACUGCACUUCGACUUUGAAUCCGUUUCCCAUUGCGAUAUCAGGGUCUUCUUGAAUGGAAUACGUGAGGAACUCGGUACCCUUUCAGGACUCCCAAACGUGAUUGAAGAAAUUGCCAUAGAGGCUCGAAUGACAAAUUUCAGUCGGGCUGACUUCCGCAGUGCUUGGGAAACGUUGGACACCGUGCUUUCCAACGGGUUCCCAAUGCUCCGCCGGGUCAAGUUUGAUGUUCAGAUGUCAGUAAAAUCGGAUGAUGUGCCUCGUGUGACGGAGGAGCUGGACGAGAUCCCGACGAGAUAUCUUCCGUGGUUGUCGAAUACUACGAAUUUCCUCUUCUCUUUUUUGACAAAGGUAAUUGCGAUUACACCAAAUAAUUUGCAGGUUGUAUUUGAGCCUUUAUAA